CUGCAAUCAGGAAGUUACUGGCUGCCUUCACUACGAUAAACAAAGUGGUAUUGCAGUAUACGAGGGAGUUAAGCAAUGACUUUUAUAUUUGAAGGUGGAAUGGCGAGUGUGUUGUAGCGGCAGCCAGUGUGUGAAUUUUGUUUCUCUCUCAUUGACAUCUGUUGAAGACGGUUGUAUUUGUCCCCCCAUGCUGCCUCCACUCCUGCAGUGAGGCUCACACUCCACCUCUUGCCCUCCUGACUGGUACUCGUGGGCGUGACGGCGACUUACUACAGUAGCAGGAGCUGGAGACAACAAUCUCUUCCCUGUGACUUCUUGCUGCCUGUCACUGCUGAAGGUGACGUUGUUCCAGUGAUGGAUAGGUUGAGAGAUAUCAGUGAAGCUGUGUGUGUGUGACUGUAAAAGUGAAGAUUGUGAGAGACAGAGUAAUGUCAACAAGCGUGUAGUGAGGAGACGCCAGGCAGGCAGGCAGGCAGGCAGGACCUUGUUAUGAGAUACGCUGGACACGCUCUUGAGCUAUUGAUCUGAGGCCAGGAGGGAGGUGGUGGUGCUGGCUGCAGGAGGCCCAGCCUGUGUGUGUGUGUGUGUGUGUGUGUGUGUGUGUGUUGUGUGUGUGUGUGUGUGUGUUGCAGGCUCCCCCGGCCGCCCCUCACGCCGCCCACCCCACCCCACGCCGCCCACGGUGCUGUUGCAGCACUGGCCACGCAGAUGAGUGGGUCGGCGUGUUAGUAGCGGUGGGCGUUCUGGGGGGACUUAGUGUAGUGAUGGCCGCCCGCAGCGACGGAGCAUCCCUCUGCCCCCGCCCACGCUGACGCCAGGCAUGCAGAAUGCCAGCCCAUCGCCGCCCACACCUCAGCGUCUCCACGCCGCCCUCCCGCCCGCACGGCCGAGCUUGGACCAUUGGCGGGGAAACUGAAGCAUCAGGGCAUACACGUUCCCUCAGCCCUAGCACCUUCCUGCCCAACUUCUCCCCACCAUCACCCAGAGUUAAGGGUCGGCUGCCGCCACCAAGAGCAUCUGGAGGAAGACCUAUUGAAAAUCCCCUUGAUCGUGUGCACAGGGAGAUAGCUAUCUUAAAGAAGUUAAAUCACCCCAAUGUUGUCAAGCUAGUUGAGGUUCUCAAUGACCCUGAUGAAGACAAUUUUUACAUGGUAUUUGAGCUGCUAGAAAAGGGAGAGGUGAUGGAAAUCCCAACAGAUUCACCACUAAGUGAAGACCAAGCCUGGAGCUAUUUUAGAGAUGUGGUCCUUGGCUUAGAAUACUUGCAUCAUCAGAAGAUUAUCCAUCGUGAUAUCAAGCCAUCAAAUUUACUCCUUGGAGACAAUGGUCAUAUUCAGAUAGCUGACUUUGGUGUUUGUAAUGAAUUUGAUGGGAAAGAUGCCUUUCUCACUAAUACAGCAGGGACACCUGCCUUUAUGGCACCAGAAGCUCUCUCAACUUCACGCCACAAAUAUUCUGGGAAGGCAGCAGAUAUAUGGGCAAUGGGUGUAACUUUGUAUGCCUUCGUUUAUGGCAAAUUACCAUUCCACGACGAAAAUAUUGUUGUGCUCUACGACAAGAUCAGAAGUUCACCUCUCUCAUUCCCACCUGUGCCAUUUGUCUCUGAUGAUCUGAAGGACCUAAUUUCAUUAAUGUUGGAAAAGUUUCCAGCAAAAAGAAUAACACUUCCUGAUAUUAAGGAGCACCCAUGGGUGACAGCAGGCAAUCAGUACCCUUUACCAUCGGAAGAAGAAAACUGUAUACUGAUUGAGGUUACAGAGGAAGAAGUGCAGAGUUGUGUGCGCUCUAUCCCCAAAUUAGAAACACUUAUCCUUAUUAAAUGUAUGCUCAAGAAACACAGCUUCCAGCAUCCAUUCAAGAUGAACGUGUUCAUCAAAGAGCAGUUUGCACGUACUGGACGAUCUCACUCGGCGCCUGGUUCGUAUGAAUUCUACUUGGACAGGAAGAGGUCGCUCGAUACCUUCCUCCCAGCAGUAGAUGAGUUAGAAGUCAAUGGGGAGGAUAGAUGAUGUGAUGGGCUGACUGGUAACACAGUGCACAUGGAGACCUGGCUGUGCAAUGAGGACUGAAGUUGGUAAAACCAAGACAACAGAUGAUGCAGUUGCUAUAACAGGCAAUACAGUGAGAAAGACAUAAUAAACAACUGUAAACUUAAAGUCAAGACAUUUCAUUUAGGAUAUUCAACAUUGGCAUGAAGUAUCACAUGAAUCAGAUCAAAUAACACAAUAGUCUAUUGUAGACAGCUUUGUUAGAACUACUAAAACAAAGAUAUUUUAAUGAAGUGAUGCUUAAUAAUCCCAACUGGUGAAGUGGCUUAGUAAUCUACGGAAAAUGUGAAAAUUUAUGAGACAAUAUACACAGAGUGUUCUAGUAACUAGACCUCUCUCUGCCAAACCAAAGGAUAAGCAAACUUUUACUAAAUGGCAUUUUCUAUUAUUCACUGUAUAACCCUAUUUAAACUUAUACGGGUGGGUAGUAUCUUAAUUUUGUACGCUAAGUUUAUACUCUUUAUAAAGUUUUUAAUACUGUACUGUAAUGUAUUUAAGCAACAACAUAUUGGAUAAUAUUUCUUCAUGUACUUAUAAUGCACUAACAAAAGUGAUUUUUCAGUGCUAUAAAUAUUGUCAAGAUGUACACUAUUGUACACAGUUUUCCAUGUAAGAGGUGGUGCUAAGAUGUCAACUACUGAAGUUAAUGGUAUCCUUGACAUUUCUGACUUAGCUUAUGACCUGUGAUUUUUGCCGUUAGUGCACAAUUUACUCUUACGACAAUCUUUAUGCAGUGAUCUCUCUUAUUCAGAAUUGUUUUUCAGAAUUCUUUAGACUAUGAAAAUAAAUUUUUAAAUGCAAAUAACAACAAAAUUUGCUCAAGAACAAAAAUUCCGUAUUUCAUUUCUGAAAAUCUAAUUCAGAACUAUCAAAAUCAAAGAAUGUUUUAUAAAAAUUUGAACCUAAUAAUCAUCCCUCUCCCUCUUGCUACCCAAUACCCCUGCAUCCUUCCCUGCCCGGCAGUGCUGUAUGACCCUUGUAGGUUUAACGCUUUUUUUUUAUUAUAAAUAUAAAAUUUUGAAUUACCUCUGAAAUUCUGUUUUCUAAUAAAUUAGAUUAUUUUGUUUAAUUUGGAAAAAAAAAUUUCUUUUUUUUUGGGCAAGCAAUAAAAUAAUCCUUCCAAAAAUUUUGACCUUAAAAUUUAAAAAAAAAAAAAAAUAAAAAUUUUCCUAGUAAAUUAAAAAAUUGCAACUUCGUAUUAGGAAAAGUGCCAAUUCAGAUUUUUUUAUAUCAGACAAUAUAUAGAUGUCUAAGUUAUAAUAAAAAUAUUUAAAAUUUUCUAUGACUUGCCCCUGUGCACACUAUUCUGAGGAGAGAGAUUACCUAGUGUAUGUAUUUGCUGACAAUUCGUACAAUAAACUAAGAGCACAGAUUAAAAUAAAGUACUGUACACUUUUGUUACCUUUCUUUUAAUAUACGUAUAAUUAUUUAUAUGUUAGUUAAAAGAAAUGCACAAAUACUUUCAUAAUGUAGAUUCUUGAGUGAUAUUAGAUUACUUGAGUAAACAAUUGAUUUGCUGACCAUUUUCUCUUAUGCAAUUACAGAUUAAAUGCUAAAGUUCAUAUGCCUUCAGUCUUUCAUAUUAUUUUUAAAAAAUUAAGUCAUUCCUCUAUGACUCAAGCUGGAAAUUAUAUAGCAAAUAAGUGUAUUUUGUGCAUAAGAAAAUACUGAUCACUAAACAGCUACUCUCAAUAUAUGCAAGGUCAAUACAGUUAUGUCAUUGGUGCCUGGCUAUGAUGUCAUGUUUGUCAUGGUGAUAAUAUAUAUAGAGCGUCUGGGGAAGGAGAGGCAAUCAGGUCUGAUCCAUGGAAGGGGAGGGUAGUUAUAAUUCCAUGGACCCAGAACCCUUCACCAGCAUUAAAGCACUCGCUUGAAGGGUGUUAGUAGAUUACUUUCAACUGUAACAGCAGGGCUGUUAUGAAAUAGUGCAAAGAUGUCACAAUAGUAUUGUCAUGAGAGUCAGGGUUGGGACUUUAGACUUGUUAUAUCAUGUCAAGGGCUACUCACCUGAUGAAACAUUUCUUUCCAAGGUGUUCAAGAUGAAUAAUUUCUUAUUACUGUCUUUAAAGAUUGCAUUUUUAAUGUUGUGCUAGUUUAUAAAUACAAUACUAACUCAGUGAUAUGUAAGUACACUGUUUUACUUAAUGUUAAAUACAGUGAGAGUUUAAGACAAGCACUGUAUUCUCUUUAAUUAUUCUGUGAUUUUUCUGACUAGCCUAUUUAGAUGAAAUUAAGUGUUUCACCAGCUGCAGACCACAUAAUAUGUUCUAUUAAACUGCAUGUUGCUGCUGAUCAUUUAUAUUUAUUUUGCUAACUCAAAGUUGAUCCUUUUGUCAACUUUAGUGUGAUAUAUUAUGUAGAUACAAAGGUUAAUACAUUAUAAAUGCAAAGAAAUAAAAAUAAGUUUGCUCAUCAUGCCAGUUCUUAUGGACAUUUUCGGUGGAGCUGUAGAUAUGGGUUGAUGUUUGUCUCGUGGUACAAGAUCCAGUUCCCAGCAUGCAACAUAGAUAAGCCUACCUGUGAACUGAAUUUCACUUUCUAUGCAAAACAAACAUUUCAAGGCUGUCUUGCAUCAAACAUUAUAUGCAUACAUUAUCUUCACAUAUUUUUAUUUUCCAUUUUCAUAUAUGUAAAUAGCCUAUCUGUUUAAAGUAAAAUUAAUAAUAAAUUAUUGCUUCUCAAAUAUAACAAAAUACACAUAUAAGUUAUGGUAAUUGUAUAAAGAGUAGCAUGAUUUUGGUAUUAAUUCUUUGAACUUUUUCCUGAAUAUUAAAGAUACACUUACCCACUGACUAUAAUUUUCUUAUUCUUAGUCAUCAUACAAUUUUGCUUACAUUGUCAAACAAAACUUAGGAAAUUGGUAACAAAACACUAAUGAGAAAAUAUGAAUAUCAGAUUUGUAAAGUAAAAGGACACAAGUGCAACUAAAGUGACAUUUUUAUUGUGGCAACGUUUCGCUCUCCAGGAGCUUUAUCGAGCCGUUAAAAACAGUACAUGGACACUGUAACAGCUUGAUAAAGCUCCUGGAGAGUGAACGUUGCCACAAUAAAAAUGCCAUAUUAGUUGCACUUGUGUCCUUUUACUUUACAUAUUGUCGGUAAUUCUACCAACAUUAUUACAAUAUCAAAUUUAUAUGAUUGUUGAAUGUAUUUUUCUAAAGUAGUUCUCUUGAGUUAAUUGAAAUCUUAGUACUGUAUAAAUUAGCUACCAUUUUCAAGAACAUGUAAUUUGCAUGUUAAGUAUUUUAUAAAGUGCUCCAGUUUCAUACAAUCCAAAUAUAUCUUUUUAUGGAAUAUGAAAAGCCUCUGUAGAUAGUAAAUGGGUUGGCAUUACAGUCAGCUAUGAGAACACUUCCUGGUUAGAAGUUCUCUCGUGGAUAGCUCUCUUUGCCCAUAGUCAUACACUUGCUAAUUUGUUGGUUGCAUAAAUAUUUCAACUUUAUACAGUGUACUCUCCUUCAGAGAAGCGUGCUUUCCACUUCUACUUAAUAUUCUUCAUACUUUGAAUUUCUUUUUCCAUUCCCACAUUAUACGGUAACACAAAUUAUGUUUGUUUCCUCGAUAUAUCAUCAGGAAAUAUCAUUUGGUUGAAUUAAAAGACAAAUCUACUUGGACUGAGGCAGAAUAUUAGUACAUAUACUCAUAGUAAUGCUCCUAUUAUGUACAUACUGAAGAAAAUUUUAUUUAUUUAGAUUGUUGAACUUAAGCAAGUAUUUACUACUAUAACACAUUGGUCAUAAAAGCAUGUAAAAUUAUUUUUAAAAUAUUUUGAGCAGUGUAGUUGAGACUUGAAUGGUAAAAAAAAAAAUUAGUAUCCAAAAUUAUUGUGAAAGAUUAUGCAUACCCUACCCUACAUUUAAUAAAAUGUUAUGAUUAUGGAAAGUUGAUACAGAUGUUUUUUUCUUUUUUUCAAGGAGCCACGUGUGUGUGUUGAAGCUCGCAUAGCCGAGCGCAAGCAUCACUAGCUGUGUAAUAGGUGAUAAUUAAGUGGAUAUCCUUCUUUAUUUGAUUGUAUGUAUUAAAUAGUAAUGUAUCUUUUAACCUCAUUCACUUUUAACAAUGAGGAGGAUUCCACACAGCAAUACUUAAGACAGGGAAUUCAAUCUUUGUAAGGUAUUUGAUGUUAGCAUCUGAAUUUGGGUAAUCAUUUGCAACUUUAAGAUGCCUACUGUAAGUAGGACUACAAAGUGGUUUAAAGUAUAGUGCUAAAUUGUUGCAAGCUUUAGUAGCUUUGCAUUUUGCUAUGCAAACUCUAUGGCACUGUAAAAUAUUAGAAAAUGUAACUUCAAAGAACAUGAUUACAGUAAACCCUUGAUUUAAUGGGCUAAUAGGGAAGAGCAGAUGACUGGUGAUGGCAAGUGUGGUGGGUAAAGAUCAUAAUGUUUUGCCGUGCUCACAAGAAUAACAGACAAUUUUGUAACCACCAGGCUUUGCUCAUUCCUUCUGAAUCAAUAGAUACAGUGGAUUUUGUUCCACAUUUCCAAAGUCCGUUAACUCUAUAGUUUACUGUGGUCUAUUUUCUUUUCAAGGGAUGGACUACCCUGUUGACAACAUAAUCUGAUAUUAUAAGGACCAGAAUUAUUGAGAUUCAACAUUAACCCAUAAUGCUUUGAUUAAGAGAAAGCUGUUGGCAGUGCCUGGAUUAAGGAGUUAUAUAACAUUAAAAGAAUUUACAUUUUUAAUUUUUAAGAUAGCUACCAAAUACAAUAUGCCUGAAAUAUUUUGCAUAACUAUGGGCUUUUCCAUGCAAAAAAUCUUUGUAACACAAUGUAUCUUGUUGGAAAAUAAAUUAUUAUAAUUA